GAUCACAUUUACAUUUUAAAAGAAGCUAUUUCACAGGGUUUUACGGCUAGCAAAUAUUUUAAAAAACUAGGAUAUCAAUUUUCUCAAAAAGAUCAAGCUGAAGAGGAUUUGCGGAAAACGUUGAAUGAACUUGCUUCUAUGAGUGAUGAUGAACACUCCAGACAAGCAGAAAGCCUUUCAAAUACGAUUGACAAACAUUUGGGUUCUUCCACUGUAGAACAAUAUUGGAAUAGCGCUAAGAUACAGGAAGAACAAAACACAACUCGUGUUAAUCAAAUAAUUGUGGAAGAGAAAAAAAGGAUGUUUAAAAGACCAAAUAACGAUGGUUAUACUUCACCUUCGCCAUUCAAUGUUAUAUCAGAAGGAUACUCUCUGAUUAAUAAUCCAUUUAUUGAAGAGGAUGAAGGUAGUUUAGUAGUUGAUGAUAUUGGUGAUCUUUGCUUCGAGAGAAAUGAAUGUCCACAUGAUUAUAAAAUAAGAAAUAUCAAUGUGUCUCAGCUAUUCCGACAAUAUCAAAAUGAGUCGAUUAAAAUUUCAAAAAAUGGUGGCUUAAAUGUGGAAUCUAAUGUUCACGAAAUCUUGUCUUUAUCAUCAAUUUUUUUAUUAAUUCCCGGAUCACAUUCAAAAACGAUGAUUAAAACUUUUGGUUCACAAUUACUUGAUGAAAUACAUCAACAAACCAUCCCGACUCAGAGCGUAAAACUUAAUUCAGAAUGCGAAUUAAAAUUUCGGGAAGCAGUCAAGAAAGCAAAGAACUCUCGUGAACGUGCUAUCGAUUGGUUUCUCAGAGAGCUUAUAAAUGAUCAACACAUGAAAGAAAAUUUAGGCUAUGUAAUUUUGAAAGGUCUGGAAACAUUACCUAGUGAGAAAAUUAGGAAUGAACCUAGUGAAAUGACAUUAAUUACAAAUUACCUAGAUUAUAUAAUGAAAGGUACGUUCCAUCACCCAGAUAAACAUAUUGUUCAAUGGCCAAACACAGCUCUAAAUGAAAGUAAAUCAAGAAAAUUUGAAGGACGAAGCAAGCAACCAGACUUUGUUGUCUCAGUUAUUCACCAACUUCAAACAGAAUCUGUUGUAUUUGUGGGUGAAGUCAGUCCACCGUCACAAAAAAACAACGUAUACAAAAACUGUAAUGACCUUAUUCGAAUUGGCAUACUUAUGAAGGAUUGUCUGGAUUUUUCGAUAGAUAAAGGUGCUGAUAUUAACAUAAUUGGCUUUCAAUGCGUAGAUCUUAAAAGAGGAAUGUAUUUUAUGCUCCACAUUGGCCAAAUAAAAGUACCGGAGUCAAUAAAAGAGAUAUUAUCAUUCGUUGAUGAACUAGAGACACUUUUGGUAGUUCAAGAAAUUUUUCAAAAAACAUAUAAGAUAUUGUAUA